AUGUCUUUUGCCGCACCACUUGCCUCGACUUUCUUCUCACGCUUCUUCCGUCCCUUUUCAACUAGUCCGAAGCGUUCCCUAGCUCCGGAAUCCCAAGCGCGCAAUAUGUCAGGCACACAGACCGCGACCGUAGCAGCCGGCUGCUUCUGGGGCGUCGAGCACCUCUACCGCAAGAAUUUCGGAAACGGCAAAGGCCUCCUUGACGCCAAGGUUGGCUACUGCGGCGGCGACACUUCUUCGCCUUCAUACCGGGCUGUAUGCUCUGGACAGACUGGUCACGCCGAAGCCCUCCAGAUGACUUUUGAUCCCUCCAUCGUGACCUACCGCCAACUCCUCGAAUUCUUCUAUCGCAUGCACGACCCAACAACAGAGAACCGGCAAGGCCCGGACGUCGGUACCCAAUACCGCAGUGCUAUUUUCACACAUGGAGAGGAGCAGCACAAGAUUGCCGAGGAUAUCUCUGCCAAGGUUAGCAAGGAGUGGUAUAAGGCGCCUCUUUCUACUAGGAUCCUGCCCGCUGGUCAGUGGUGGGAUGCCGAGCAAUAUCACCAGCUCUAUCUCCAGAACAACCCUGCUGGAUAUGAGUGCCCUGCUCACUUUAUUCGGCCUUUCCCUCCUCUUUCGGAUUGA